GCAGGUUGCACAAUGUUACAUUUCUUUAUAAAUCAAUACAGUUUAUUCCGUUCUAUUGGUUGUGUUGUGAAACUUGUUACAGGAAGUAUAUUCUAGUGCCAGCAUCCUCACACGUAUCCAAACUAACUUUGUCCUAUCUACAGGGCAAGUGGCUCAACAGUGGCGACACCUAUAUAGCGAGAUGCAGCAGUUUCGACGGGCAACAUAUGCCGAAACUACUAAGCGCACAUAUUCCUCAAUGAAAACUGCAUAUCUGAGAUUCUGUCUGUACUUUAGUAGGACACCAGUUCCAGCCGACCGCAUGACAGUACUGCUUUACAGAGUGUUCCUAACAAGAUCCCUUUCAGCAACUAGUAUUCCAGGAUAUAUGAAUAUCAUUCGCCUGCUUCAUCUUGAGGUGGGGUUACCAAACCCCUUGGAGACAUGGGAACAAAAGGCCCUGCACAAAGGUAUCUUAAGACUAAAAGGUACACCAACGAAACAAAAACUUCCUAUAACACCAGAUAUACUAAGGCGGAUGCACAGUCAUAUGGACAUGUCAGAACCAUUCCUGGUAGCUUUUUGGGCAGCCUGCAUCAUUGCGUUUUUCUGUUUCUUGAGGAAAUCUACCAUGCUCCCUGAAACUAGAGGCAGUGGUUCAAGAAAGCAGACCUACUUGAGUCUGCACGAUGCCAAGAUUUCCCCUGACAAAGAUAGUGCCAUGAUUACUGUCAGACACACAAAAACUAUACAGUUUGGUCAGCGAGUGUUAAAGUUACCGCUGGCUAGGGUACCCGACUCUGUGCUUUGUCCUGUUAAAGCACUUGAACAUUUGCUUUCACAAUAUAGUGAAGAACUUCAACAUUCAAAUGCACCUUUGUUUUCAUAUGUGGACAGAAGUGGAGUCCUCAAGAGUUUAACUUACAAAAGUUUUGUUAAAACAUUGAAAUAUUAUCUGGACAAAUGUGGUUAUGAUUCUGGUGCAUACAGCGGUCACUCUUUCCGCAGAGGCGGAUGUUCCUAUGCAUUUGACAUUGGCAUUCCACCCUUGCUUAUAAAGCUACGUGGUGAUUGGCGCUCCAAUGCAUAUGAGCGCUAUGUUACAGUGUAUGAUGCAAUGCAUGAGAAACUUGCUCAAUCUCUCAGUGCAGGGAUAGUGAACUAAGUCAAACCACAGAACUUUCACCAGGUUAUUCCUCUUGGGGGGUUUGGAGGUUUUAUGUUUCGAUUAAACAUUUGUCAUUAUUAAAUGACCUUUGCCCCCAAGAGGAAUCGUUUGUUUUCCUUUUCCAGCCCAUAUGGCACUAGCGCUGGAUUUCUUGUUGUUUGUCGUUUAAGACAAUUACUUUGUCCGUGUGCUACUAGCAUAUCAACCAAGGAUUGGAUGAUGGAGUUUAAAU